UUCUUUGAACAGUGUGCUGGCGCUGGUCUUCUGCCGUUACUACAUCGAUAAUAAACUAGAAAUACUACCAAUUUGCCAUACAAAAAAUAAAUAGCUAGCAAUAUGGGAAUGUAUUCUUUUUGAAAAUAUCAAGAACAACCACAUACUACAGGGACCACAUUCUUAAGCCAUUUGCCUGGUCUAAUCAAGGAGUUGCAAUGAUCCACGCGAAGGAUAUCAUUUUAGCCUUCCUUCUCGUGGGCUCUACAGUUUGUCUGGAAGUGGAGAUCACCCCCACCCAGGGAGAGAUCAGUGUCGGAGAGUCCAAGUUCUUUCUGUGUGAAGUUGUUGGGGUAGCAAAGGAGAUUGACUGGUAUUCGCCGAGCGGGGAGAAGAUAGAGCCCAACAAACCAGAGAUCACCGUAACCCGAAACGACGAGUCCUCGUCCACCCUCACGCUCUACAAGGCCGGGGUGGACAGUGCUGGYACCUACAAGUGUCUGGCCACCAACGGAGACCAGUCAGCAGAAGCCACCGUCAACGUCAAGUUCUACCAAAGGAUCAUCUUCAAGAACGCCCCCUCCCCCCAAGAGUUCAAUGAAGGGGACAACGCCAAAAUCGUGUGUGACGUCAUCAGCUCCCCUCCCCCCACCAUCAUCUGGAAACACAAAGGAGCGAAGAUUCAGAUGGAAAAGGAUGUUCGCUUUAAGAUCCUGCCCAACAACCACCUGCAGAUCCGAGGCAUCAAGAAGACAGACGAGGGGUCGUAUACCUGCGAGGGCCGCCUCAUGGCCCGGGGAGAGAUCGACCUCAAGAUCAUCAAGGUCAUCGUCAACGUGCUCCCUACCAUCCGGGUGUGGCAGUCGGAGGUGAAUGCCACAGCAGGCGUGGGCCAGUCUGCCAUGUUGACCUGUGCAGCUGAUGGAUACCCAGAGCCCAUGGUGACCUGGGCACGGGCCAGUGUUCUUCUGGAGUCAGGAGACAAGUACAGCUUUAAUGAGGACGGUUCAGAGAUGACCAUCAUGGAGGUGGCCAAGCUGGAUGAGGGAGAGUACACCUGCAUCGCUAAGAACAAGGCUGGGGAGAGCGAACAGGAACUCAGCCUCAGGGUGUUUGUGAAACCUAAGAUCACCUUCCUGCUGAACCAGAGCACGUCUGAGAUGGAGGAGCAGGUGACUCUGACCUGUGAGGCGUCAGGGGACCCCACCCCCACCAUCAACUGGAGCUUCGGCCUGCGCACCUUCACUGAGGGAGAGCAGAGUCUGGAUGGGAACGUCGUAGUGAGGAGUGAUGCUCGUGUGUCCUCCCUCACGCUGAAGUACGCCAAGUUCACCGACGCUGGCCAGUACCUCUGCUCUGCACGCAACGCCAUCGGAGUGGAUUCUCAACCCGCCUACCUGGAAGUCCGCUAUGCCCCUAAGAUCCAGGGCUCAGUGACAGUGUAUACCUGGGAGGGAAAUGCAGCUAACAUCAGCUGUGAGGUCCUGGCCCACCCCAGUGACGUGUCCAUGCUGUGGCUGAGGGACGGGUUUCAGCUUCCCAACGCUAACGUCACCAAAGCCAAGGUUUUCCAGAGCCCCACAGCCAGCUACCUGGAGGUCACCCCAGAGUCUGAGAAUGACUUUGGGAGCUACAACUGUACUGCUUCCAAUGAGAUGGGCACAGAAUCCAAGGAGUUCCUCCUCAUUCAGGCUGAUGUCCCGUCAGCCCCGUCACUCGGGGAGGUGGAGCCGUUCUCCAGCUCAGCCAGGGUGGAGUUCCAGGAGCCUGAUGCCACCGGGGGUGUACCCGUCCUCAGGUACCAGGCUGAAUGGAAGACUGUGGGCAGGGGCAGCUGGGCGCAGAGGGUCUAUGAGGUCCAAGGAGGAGUUCUGAGUGAAGUUACCAUCAUAGGCCUGAAGCCUGAGACCAACUAUGAGGUGAAGAUGUCAGCCAUCAACGGCAAGGGAGAGGGUGAAACUAGCCCCGCUGUGGUCUUCAAGACAGAGCCUGUCCGGGAACCUGAACCGCCUAAGCUGGAGGGAACACCCCAAACCAAAGGCAACUCCCUCAAAGUCAACUGGAUCAAGCAGGACGACGGAGGCUCACCCAUCACACACUACCUAGUCCGCUAUAAACCAAAGCGUCAGACCGACUGGAAGCCAGAGAUCCGGCUGCCCAGUGGCAGUGAGUAUGUGGUUCUGAGCGGACUGGAGUGGAACACAGAGUACGAUGUGUUUGUGGUGGCAGAGAACCAGCAGGGGAAGUCCCAACCUGGAACCCUGACCUUCAGAACCUCUCCAGAACCCGCUGCCAUCCCAGACGGGGAGUCUGCCCUCUCCACGGGCAUCAUGGCAGGGAUCCUCAUCUUGGCCUUCGUCCUGCUGCUCCUGGCUGUGGACGUCACCUGCUACUUCACAAACAAGUGUGGCCUCAUCAUGUGUCUGUGUGGCAAGCCAGGCAGCGGGGCCAAGGGACACAACCUAGAACAGGGCAAGGCCGCAUUCAUAAAGGACGAGUCCAAAGAGCCGAUAGUGGAAGUGAGGACAGAGGAUGAGUGCACAGCCAAUCACAAUGCAGGAGGACCCACAGAACCCAAUGAGACCACACCCCUUACAGAGCCAGAGCUGGCCGCUCACACUGCUGCCCUGGCUCUGGACACCCUCUCGUCUGUAGCCACCAUCUCUGACACAGCCAACACAACCUAUGACCCCACCCAGGACAGCCCCUCUAGUGAGAGCACCGCUCUCAACUGUAGCCUGUCUGCCCUCGCUACUGACCCCCUGCCUGCCCCCGCCCCGGCACCCACCCCAGAGUCCAACACAGCCCCCCCAACCCCCUUCAUCUCCACCUCUGACAUUACAGCUAGAGUAGCCCCCCUGUUAGACCUUCUAGAAGACAGCUCUCCUAGAGCAGAGGACAAAAUGUCUGCCACUGCUGUUAGUGCCACAGAUAGCCCUAAAUCUCCUAAAAAGUCCCCUAUUCCAAUACCACCUAGACGUCGAAACUCUAACAGACCUGCUCCUUCUCCUCCCACUCCCAAGAGCCCCACACCUACCCACUCCACCACCGUGGCCCCCAGGAAAUCUGCCCCAGACAGUCCCUCUCUUGCCCCCUCCACUGCCUCUCCUACCCAAAACACCAGGAAAGCUGCUCCUAUUGCCCCAGACAGCCCCUCUCCUGCUCCUACGGCAUUCACUUUCCCAGCCUCUGACACCUCCACCGAUAAACCUGCACCUACUGCCACCGGCACUGUUACCCCUGUCCCUGGUACCCCUACUGUCCUGGGCGCUAGUACACCAGCCCCUGACCCUGACAAACCAAACUCUACUACCAAAGACACUCACACUCCUGCCCCUAAUAUAGACCCCACUACCACUCCCACAUCUGUCUCUAGUGCUCAUACUACUGCCUUCAAUGCUGAUGUAACUGCUGCUAUCGUACAUGAGAACACAACCAAAUCUGCCCUUGUUUUCCCAGACAUUCUCAUUCCUACUCCUGCUCCCACAAGUGCCCCCACACCUGCCCCUAAUGCUCCCACUGCUCCGAGCUUUGCCACACCUGCUGCCCCCACGGUCACUAUCACACCUGCCUCUACUACCUACGACACCCCAACACCCACUCUGACCCCCCACAUACCCAUCACCACAGAGCCCCAAGCCCCAGAGAUAGAGUUUGAGUUGACCAAUGGGGUGGCGACUAAGAGCCCCUCCCUGCCAGCAGGGCCCACUAGGUUUCAGAGUAGUCCCACUCCCUCCCCUGCCCCUGUCCCUUCCUCCUCCUCCUUCCAGGCUAACGGAGACGGGUUCGGGGCAGACCUCCAGGCCUCAGGCCCUCCUGCUCUGGAGGAGUUAGACAGUCUGGCCAAGGCUGCUCCACUCAACAACGAGAAGAUAUUUGGAGAUGAGAAGAGUAAAGCAGAGGAGGUGAAGACAGCCCAGUCAGAGGUGACCACAGAACACAACGAUGUCACACAGACAAACACCAGCGACAGCAAGGCAUGAUUGGGCAGCCUCAGCCCACCCAAGAUGGCGGCGGCAGCAACACUCAUUACAGUCUGCAGCAGUUUUUCUUUCCAGUGCCCUUUCUGCAUUUCCAGAACAACAACAUGUGUUUGUGCAAUCGAGUCCAUUAGAGCACAAUCCGAUUGUGCAAAAAAAAAAAAAAUCUCACGUAUGAUUUGUUUUGCUACACCCAUGGAACACUAAAGAACACCAUUUGAGUGAUCUCAAGUGGUAUAGGAGACAAAAUUACUCAGAGUUAUAAUUGUUUUCAGUGCGGUUGCAGAUAAACAAUGGAUUAUUCAGGAACAUAACACUGAGUGUACAAAGCAUUAGGAACACCUUCCUAAUAUUGAGUUGCACCCACUUUUGCCAUCAGAACAGCC